AUGAUCCGCUUCACCAAACUCGUCUACCUCGUUGCCUGCUGGUCGUCCCUUGCUGCUGCGCACACCGUCAUCGUAUACCCCGGCUGGAGAGGAAACAACAUCCACACAAACGGAACCGCGUCACCAACAGACCCAAGUAUCGUUCCCGGAUCACUAGGAAUCAACUAUGACAAUGGCACUUACGGCUUCCCAUACGGAAUGCAGUGGAUGUACCCAUGUGGAGGCAUGCCAACAUCGCAGAACCGAACAAAAUGGCCAUUGAAGGGUGGUGCCCUCUCAAUCCAACCAGGAUGGUUCCCCGGUCACGCCAGCGCACAGUUCUACAUUAACAUGGGCUUCGGUAAUGAACCACUCAACUACUCGCACACCAUGCUUCCCCUCUUCCAAAUCACCGGCCCUACAAACGUACAAUACAAUGGAACGUUCUGCCUUCCGCAAGUCCCGCUGCCGUCAAAUUACACAGCCAAGGUCGGCGACAAUGCGACGAUCCAGGUCAUUGAGACCGCUCAACACGGCGCUGCUCUUUACAACUGUGCAGACAUUACAUUCGCUGAACCCGAAGACGUUCCCGAAGUCAACUCAACAAACUGUUUCAACAGCACACAGGCCGACGAAGAGAUUGGGUUCCAGAUCGUAUACGCGACAACGAGCUCGCUGGCACCCCGCAACAUGGUCGCAAACGGCUACGCAUCAAUCGCAGUACCGCUGAUGCUGGCUGCGGCAUCCUACGUUACGUGGUUCUAA